AUGGCAUACAGAAGCCAUACUUCCUCGACUAGUGGAAGCCAGUCUCCCUCAUCCUCUACCAACGUCUCCCCUGAAACACAGCCAACCUCCCUCGACGAGAUGACUCCCGCCACCGAAGAGAACGAUGCAAGCGGGCAGAGUGCCCAAGGAACGCCUAGCCGAACACGGUCACAUAAUUCAGGAAAAGGAGGUUGUUGGACAUGUCGCGUCCGACGAAAAAAAUGCGACGAGCAACGCGAAGGCGACUCAUGUAAAACCUGUCGACGUCUAACGAUCAAGUGUUUGGGUUGGGGACCAAGACGACCCGACUGGAUGAGGGAUAAGAAAAACGUCGACGAUUACAAAGCCAGUAUCAAAGCCCAGUUGUCCCGUGCAGGCUUAAUUCGUGGACAACCCCGUCAUAACCCAAUUCAAGCCUCAUCACAGAGGCCGCGGUCGCGUCAUGUACCGGCCACAGAAAUAGCUUCUACCUCAAACAAUCAAACUGAAUAUACAUUUCACCAAUAUGGCGACGCACCUUAUGGCCAGAACCAUCAUUCGCAGCUGAUGCCCGGAUUGUCCGGAGCAUCUAAUUCAACGCUCGAUACACUUACCACAGCACCGUACGUUGAUGUGAACCUCAAUGGGUUUGACCCAUAUUCCCCUUCCAUGUCGUCAUCAGUUUCGACCUUCCCCGUGGGACCAGACCCACUCGCUGAUCAAUUCCCACUCUUCCCUUCCCAGUCCAUUGGGAACGACCACUUGGGGUUCUUAGAGCCUCCCUCUGCUAUCUCUCCUUUCGCGGUCCCAGUUGGGCAAACUGCCCUUCAUGAAGAAUUGGUUAUGCACUACUUUGAUCAUGUGUGCAAGAUGCAGUUCACCUUUGCAGGCGAGAUCUUCACCAACGUCACGUAUACGGCGGUAAUGGAUGAGCCACGAGGAGCAGUGACGCACGCAAUUUGCGCACUCGCUGACCUUCACUCAACACAGAUGCGGGUAUCCCAAGGACUGGAAGCACCCAACCCUCAUCCAGAAACGUCCACAGCAAUGUACCUCCGACACGAGGCGCUCUUCAAGCUGGAGAGCAACAAGGAGCAUCGAGGUGGAUGGAGCGAAAGCGACGCAAUCGCUGCGUUGCAUCUUGUGAGCUUUUCUCAACUGUCGGGCGGAGGAGCGGACUGGGAAACUCCUUUCGAUAUUCUUUGCCAAUGGCUUCUUCAAACUGGCUUACCCAUUGCUGAGAAUCCUCGCCUAUCCUUCCCGGUCCUGAGCCCAGCUUCCCAACUCAUUAUCAAGACAAUUCUCUGGUUCGAUAUCUUCUCAAGCUUGUCAUUGGUACGACCCCCCAAGUUCACGACGCUCUGGAAGCGCCUUCUCGAUGACCAGAACGACUACUGGGGAAACAGUAGCACGAUGGAUAUGCAGGCAUUGACGGGGUGCCCCAACGAUGCUAUGCUGGCAAUCGCCGACAUAUCAGCGUUGGCUCACUGGAAAUCAACGCAACAACGGAAUGGCACUCUGAGCUUCCCAGAACUUGUCCUACGUGGGAAUUCCAUUGAGCAACACAUUCGUCGGUACCAAGCAGACCAGCCCACCAUCGCGGACUCGGUCCAGGGGCUUCCUACGCCCGGCGACGCCAUGCUUCCGACUGAUGAACAACGAAUUUUGGCGGCUGCGAUUUUCCGAGAGACAUCUAUGUUGUACCUACACACGAUAUUGAGCACACCUACUCCUGGCGUCCCCGAAAUCAGUUCCUCUGUAGAUGCCAUUGUUGAUCAUUUCACUCGAUUAUCUCCUUCAAAUAUAGACCGAGCGCUGGUGUUUCCCAUAUGUCUCGCGGGUUGCAUGACCAAUGAUUCGACCCGGAGAGAUUUUCUCAAAGGCCGCUUCCGUGGGUUGAAUGAAAGUUACGGGAACCUCCUCCAAACACGUCUUUUGAUGGAGGCUGUAUGGCAGAAACGCGAUGUGGGUGGUGAAGCUGCCGAUCUACGAGAGAGCAUUCGCGAGCAGGGACUACAACUGCUUCUUAUCUGA